GCCUCGAUGCUAUUCCAUCGAUAUUGUUUGAGCUUCAAGUCUCUCAUGAUGCCUGUUGCUCUACAACCGCGUCAAAGCGACAGCCGAAUCCCCCAAAACCCAGCUGCAUUCCCCUCAUGCAGCGAUUAUUUACCUAUACUCACUACCAAUUACCACAUCUCUGCAACUAUUUCCGAAUCUCGCAACUGCUGCCCUAGCCCAUGGCGUCAUGCGCCUCCAUAUAGCGAGCUUGCGGGGUCUCGCACUUUGAUGCUUAGCUAUCGCAUACUGACAAACCCAUUGAAGGCUGGAAUGACACAAUGCGUACUGUAGCUAGUAGUCCUGUCACGCAACUUUAAAAUCCUGGGCCCUGGAUUUCUAUAUAGAUCGCGCUGUUGCACGUCACGUCUGGUCAUUGUCAUUGUUUCUAUUAUUUCAAUCCUAAUCUUAUUCACCCAGAAUCUGUAAAUAAAUCAUCAUCAAUACAUAUUUGCUGCCAUCAUGCCUCUUCCUGGAGCUUCCGGAUCAGACCUCUCUGAGCUCGCAACCCACCUCCUCAAACAAGGCCCCAACAAGGUCCUCCCCACGCCUCGCCGCGUCCGCAUCGUCUUCAACCACGUCGUCAUCGUCGACACCACCAGCGCCUCUCUCGUCUGGGAGCACGAUUAUUACCCCCAUUACUACGUCCCCGAAUCCGAGAUCAAGAACGCCACCCUCAAAGAUGUCCAGCCCGUCAAAGGCGAGGCCGAUGCCUCCGCCCGAGUCGCCGUUGCCGAGCUCACCGUCGCCGGGAAAGACGGCAUCCCUACGAAGACGACAAACCGGGUCGUGAGAUUCGACAGCAGCUGGGGAGAACUCGCAGGACUGGUGAGGAUAGAGUUUGCAGCGGCGGACUCCUGGCUCGAAGAAGACCUCCCCAUCUACGGCCACCCCAAAGACCCCUUCAAGCGCAUCGACAUCCUCCCAUCCACCCGCCCCAUCGAGGUCCGCAUCGCCGGCAAGACCGUCGCAAAGGCCUCCUUCGCAAACCACCUCCACGAGACCGGCCUCCGAGUCCGCUACUACCUGCCCCUCGGCGCUGUCGAUCCCGCCAUCCUCCGCCCUAGCACAACUACCACUUACUGUCCUUAUAAGGGAACCGCUGAGUACUACGACGUUGUUCUUGAUGGAAAGGAGUACAAGGAUAUUAUUUGGUACUAUAAGUCGACUAUUCAUGAGAGUGCGGCUAUUGCUGGACUUGUAUCUUUUUACAAUGAGAAGGUGGAGAUCUUUUUGGAUGGCAAGAAGGUGGAGUAAACUGUUUAUGGGAUUUGCAUCACAACGAUGGGAGAUAUGAAUCACUUUACUCACUUAUGAUCUAACGACUUCAGGAUUGGAUAUUGGUUGAAAAUAAUGACAAUACGAGGCUGGGGAAGAAGGAAAACAGAUGCUGCCAUGACCUCGGACUGCAACGUCUACAGAUUCAGAAUGAAGCAUUGCAGUUUAAUAUCCUUCUCUAGAAAUUUAUUUAUAUUACAAGUACAAGUAACCC